AUGUUGGGAACACGGGAGGGCAUGUCUUUGCGACAGCGGCGACAUGGCCCAAUUGACCGCUUGGGUCUCGAUGCAAGUCGUGGGCCGCGUGGGUCGUGUGGGUAUCCGUGGCUAGAAGCCGUCUCGCCUUGGCGACCAUCGGGCGCAUCCACUGAACGAAUGGCAGACCCGCUCCUGGCAGUUGAGGAGGUCGAGGUGGAUCACGAGAAGGAAGAGGAUCCUCAUGUCGAGUUGGGGCAAAGCGGCAAGCUGAAUAGAGUAAAACUAGCCGUUCCUGAGUCCUGCUCGAUGGAGGAUCAUGAGAAGAGAUUAUCCUUCAUCGAGAAUGACUAA